AUAACAGGAAUUCGCUCAGAGACCAUUUCUGUGCCACAAGAAAUAAAAGCAUUGCAGCUGUGGAAUGAGAUAGAAACGCGCCAUCCUGGAUUGGCUGAUGUCAGAAAUCAGGUGAUAUUUGCUGUUCGUCAAGAAUAUGUCGAGCUUGGAGAUCAGCUCCUCCUGCUUCAGUCAGGAGACGAAAUUGCCAUUAUCCCCCCAAUUAGUGGAGGAUAGUGCUUUUGAGCCACCUGGGGAAGAUAUAAAUGAAGUUGAAGAGAAAUCGAAAGAUAUAAUAAAAUUCACAUCUGAGCAACUUUCAGUAGAUGAAGUCUCACAGCUGGUGAUUUCUCCACUCUGUGGUGCAAUAUCCCUAUUUGUAGGAACUACAAGGAAUAACUUCGAAGGGAAAAAAGUCAUUAGCUUAGAGUAUGAAGCAUAUCUACCAAUGGCAGAAAAUGAAGUCAGAAAAAUUUGUAGUGACAUUAGGCAGAAAUGGCCAGUCAAACACAUAGCAGUGUUCCAUCGGCUUGGCUUAGUUCCAGUGUCAGAAGCAAGCAUUAUCAUUGCUGUGUCCUCAGCCCAUAGGACUGCAUCCCUCGAAGCUGUGAGCUAUGCCAUUGAUACUUUAAAAGCCAAGGUGCCCAUAUGGAAAAAGGAAAUGUAUGAAGAAUCAUCAUCAUCUUGGAAAAGAAACAAAGAAUGCUUUUGGGCAACCGAUGAUUAAACCACUUAGGUUUUUAGAGUCUUAAAAUUUAAACUUGGUAAAUUCUUAUCUUUGAUCAUGUUUUGAUUUUUCUUCUCCAGGAGAUAGUUUACUGAACAUAAACUCUUACAUUACACCAGAGGAACAAGAGAGAAAAAAAAGCAAAAUAAAUGAGUGUUUAGGAUGAGGGCUUAUUCGGGAACUAGAGAUAGAGGAAAGAAAGGCUUUAGGGAAAAAAUGGAAGAAUAAUUUAAAUGUAAGGAAAGAUGCCUGUGGUAGACAUAUUAUUCUAUGACUAAGCUCUAACUGUAACUUGACUCACAUUGAGGUGUGGGCCCUCCUCAGUGACUGUCUCAGAGGCUGCCCCCAACCCCCUACCUCUAUGCCCAGUGAUAUCAUUGGUGUCAGGGAUGCGUUUUGGGAAUGUGGGUGGAACUGGAAGGUGUAAAAAGUCCUUAUCGGUUACUCUUGGUAUGAUAUAUUUUUAGAAUUUAUGUAUUUUCAAAAUAAGCUAAAUAAACGUGAUUUUAAAAGUUUAAAA